UCUGAGUGUCUAUAUAAUUAUCAUUUUAGUUGUUCAACACGAAUUUGUCAUGGACGUGGCCGUUGUAUUUUACGCGACAGACGAAGACACCAAAAACCUUGGCAUGGACAUGACCAUUGGCCUCGAAAUAAAUUUACGUGUAUAUGUCCAAGAAACGAAACUUAUUAUGGAGAAUAUUGUGAUUUACCUGGGCCUAGAGGAGAGAAUAAAGAGAAAGAUUUCCUAGGAAAAACAAUUGUU